UCAACGACAGUCUUCCAUAUUUCCUUUGCGGCUCGGUUUGACCUUUUUCUCUCGUUCAAUUUUCAAUUCAAUGACAGUCUCCGGAUUUGAGUAGCUCUUUUGAACUGAGUCACUCUUAUGUCCGCCUUUCAGCAUCGAAUUCUGGUACGGCGCACUGAUCAUUUGCUUUCUGAUUCCAUUUAAUGCUUCUGAUCUAAAUUCCUCUUUCAAGUUUUCUUUAGUGUUCUUCUAGUGAGUGUUGUCAUACACUUCGAAUACUGAAUACUGAAUACUGUCAUUUUCAAGCAUUGCUUCUGAUUAGAUUCUCUAGUUUUACUUUGCUUGUCUUUAGAACCUUGGGGAUCAAUUUCUGAGUUUUUUGGGUUUUUGUAUUUAUAUUAGCAAUAAAGGCUCGUGCUUUGUUUUAGGAUUUUCUGGUUCUAUUGAGGUUUCGGAGUUUGGUAAUAGAAUUUAGUUAGAUCUGAUACCAGCGGUCUCAAUGGAUAUGCAUUUGAAGAGCCUGUUUGGUAGAUUCCAGGAGCAAUUUGGUUCUGGUCCUGGGCUUGGUCCUGGAUCAGGGACCUGCCUGAUGAAGGUGGAGGGCAUUUCUCCUAAUUUGAUUAAGUCAAUGUAUAAAGCGUGUGCUGCUCUUUAUAGAACUGAUCCAUGGAGAAGAUUGCGUCCAGCACAUCUUUUUGGAAUUCGAGUAGGGAAGGACUCUGAUUGGUCUAGCAAGAAACAACCUUUCCCAUGUGUUCAGUUCAUAGGAGGUGAUGGUGGGGAUGUGUGCUUUCACAUGUUUCGAUCUGAAAAUGAUGCUAAGAAAAUGACGGCGUCAAGAGAGACAAUUUGUGUUCCUAAUGUUGAGCUUUUGAGGGUUACAUAUGAACCUGAAACGUUGAUGUUUCCUUCUAAUAGGAAAAUGAUAAAGUCUCUGUCUUUGGAAGUGUCAGGUGCUGAUAGAUUUCCUGUAAUUGAUGUUGCACGUUGUAUGUCUAAUGGUACACUUCGGUUUAGGCAUCCAACUAUUGAAGAGCUUAGGUUUGUAUAUGCAUUUAUGAGAGCCAUGUCUCUGGUGCAUCCAUUACUUCAGGAAGAUAAAGAAGGUGGUCCAAAGUGGUCAAAGUUGAUGUAUUUUGAACCAUUUAUUGAAACUGUUGAUGUACAGUGGCCUCAAGAAAUGGCCAAGGGGUAUGAUCUUAUUGCAGUGACUAUCUCGCACCCACCUGGUCAGGCAUAUGAGGAAAAGGCAAGCUCAACAGCUAGCUCAACAGCUAGCUCAACGCCUACCAAGUAUUCAGAGCGAUCCAGGGACGAGAUUUUUGUUGAUGUGAGAGUAAAUGCAAAUUCCAGCUUGAGGCAGUGUACAGUGUGUGAAAAAGAAGUUCAUGGAGAACAGUCUCUCUCUUGUGGGCAGUGUCGAGCAGUGGUCUACUGCGGUUCUGUAUGCCAGAAGCAGCAUUGGAAAGAAAUGCAUAAGAGCAUGUGUGGCCUUUACAAGGCUAUGAUGGAAAGGGAAGAAGAGCUGGCAAUGAAAAUCUUUAUGUUUCCCUGUUAUGCUGAUCAGCCUUGUAAAUGGCUCGAGUCGUUGGGUAUCCAUCAGAAGGGAAUGUGGAGGCGAAAGUGUAGUUGCUACUCUCACUGCCCUUUUGGACUUCUCCCCUUCAAAGGUGGACUGUGGGAUUUAUGGGGCGGGCUGGAUGAUGAAGAGUAUCCCCGUGAUUUGCCUUUUCAUAACCAUUUAAGAGAUGGGAUAUCAAGCCCGAUCCUUCUUUCUGGCUGGCCAGAGUACUAUAAUCUUCGGUCAUUACCAUUGUCAAGUCCUGUUGCUGACAUUCUUUCUCACCCAUUGACUGUUUAUUACAUAUUAACUGCCCUUAAUAUCAGUUCGAAGAACCUGCUACUCAAAGGCAAAGAGGUGAUUCUUCAUUACCUCGGGCCUGAAGGGGAGUUGGAUUGGAUGCAAGCAUUUGCAGAGAUUAGCCAUUUGCUUAAUGGAUCGGGUAAUAUACAUAUUGUGAUGGUGGGACCUGAAGUGCCAACAAAUUUGUCAGGCACAACUUCUGGAAUAAGUAGCAGGGUGAGAGUGAAUCUUGUGAGGGGCAUUUAUCAAGAGGAAGCCACCUAUCUGCCUUCUCCUCAUGUUAUUGUUGUUUUGAACUGUGGAUUGGAUAGCUAUACAAGUUGGAGUGGGGCACUUGAAUUGAUAAAAUCUGCAAAUGUUCCUGCCUUUUUUACAGAAAAAUCAGAAAUUUCAUGUUCAAAUGCAAAGCAGGCCCUUCGUGGAGCUGGGUUGCACAUAACCCAUCCCGUGACACCAAAUCCUUUCCGGUCCCCUGUGAAGACUCUCGGCACUUCAAGCAAUCUUCCUGCUUAUAGCAAUGGGUUUGUGCUUGGAGUCAAUACAUGAAUUAAAACUGUGCUACAUGAGUUGGGUGGGGCACUCGAAUUGAUCAAAUCUGGAAGCGUCCAGCCUUCCAUAUAACAGUCACAAAUUUCAUAAGCCAGUGCAAAGCAAGUACUCCAUGGAGCUAUUUUGCACAUGUUUGUUUGC